UCCAACCUGACUUGCUUCGGUGCGCACUGCAAGAGGAGAUAGAUUUAACUUAGAAACCUCACCAAAAGUGAGCUAAACAGGCGCAAAGUGUACUUAUUUAGACAGACUUCUUGUUUUCCCUUCAUAUUUGCACUACUAUUUCCGGACCUUCUGGACACUGCUUAUGCGUCUCCGGUGCGCUCCCCGGACUGGACCAGCGGUGAUGGGACACUCUGAGAGAUGAGCAGCGGGCGGUGUGGGGGGAUCAGAGGAGGAGGUCUGCACGCAUAGGAGUCAGAUUGGAUCGUUUGGCGGGCCAGUUUUGGACUGCGGGCCCUGCGUCUGUUUGACACCGGUACCAUAGAGCUAUUUCCCCAACACAGGCCACCCAGUGAUUCAAGGCUGAGACCGCCUCAUGUGCUGGGCCUCCUCUGUGUUCUGGUCCCCACCAACCCCCAUCCUGCCAGCAUUAGUGGGAUGUCCCAGGUGUGCCUCCUCUUGGCCUUGCUCACACUCUGCUGCUGCACAAAGGUCUCCUCUACCAACUCCUUAGAUCUAGUGAAGGAGAAGUGGAGCAGCUACAAAGACCAGUGCCUAGAGUUCAUCAACACCACACCCCCUGCCACAGGGUUGGUGUGUAAUAGGACCUUUGACCUGUAUGCCUGCUGGCCUGAUGGACUUCCAGGAACUACUGUUAACGUCUCCUGUCCAUGGUUUCUACCUUGGUACCGUAAAGUCCAGCGGGGUCUGGUCUACAGAAUUUGCAAUGAAGAUGGCCAAUGGGCACGCAAGAAUACCACCGAAUGUGAGGACGACCCUGGUGAGCAGCAGUAUGGCCGCAUCCUAAACCAAUUAUGGAUCAUGUACACAGUGGGCUAUUCGCUCUCUCUGGGGGCUUUGCUGCUGGCCCUGGGAAUCCUCAUCGCCUUCAGGAAGCUUCACUGCAUGAGGAACAACAUCCACAUGAACCUGUUUGCCUCCUUCAUCCUGAGAGCUGUGUCCAUCCUGGUCAAAGAUGCCCUGCUGACCCUCACCCUGGACCCCAGGAGCAGCAGUGACGCCCGGACACACACCUGGGCAAACGUACCGGCUGUGAUGUGGUGCCGUGGGGCUGUGGUGAUGAUGCAGUACAGCGUAAUGGCCAACAACUACUGGCUGCUGGUGGAAGGAAUCUACCUGCAUAGCCUGCUGGUUAUCACAGUGUUCAGCGAGAAGAAGUACUUCUACAUUUAUUUGGCCAUCGGCUGGGGUGCACCUCUUAUAUUCGUAUUGCCUUGGAUCACAGUGAAAUACAUAUAUGAGAACGAUGAGUGCUGGGAGAGAAAUAUUAACAUGGGAUAUUGGUGGAUUAUCCGUUCUCCAAUACUAUUUGCCUGUCUGAUAAACUUCUUCAUAUUCAUCCGGAUUAUCAAAAUCCUGAUGUCCAAACUUAGAGCGCACCAGCUGAGACACACAGACUACAAGUUUAGGUUAGCAAAGUCCACUCUGACCCUCAUCCCCCUCUUGGGGAUUCAUGCCAUCCUCUUCACUUUUGUCAUCGAUGAAUCUGUCCCCAAAGGCUCCAUGCUGCGCCUCAUUCGCCUCUUCUGUGACCUCCUAUUCAAUUCUUUCCAGGGCCUGCUGGUUGCCAUCCUGUACUGCUUCGUCAACAAAGAGGUGCAGUCUGAGAUGCUGAAAAAAUGGAAGAGGUGGAAGCUGGGUAAGGAUAUCGAUGAGGAGUACCGGCACACCUACAGCCACACACCGCAUGUUAAGAGCGGCAGCAUCGCCACCGGCAACCUGCCUGAUAUCCAUGACAACAAUGUCAGUGACCCCAGCAGCGACUCGCCUCAACUCAGCAAGACUCAAAGAAAACCUUCCUGUUCUACCGCACGUGAAGAAAACCGCCAUUUAGUCGUCUGCUACAGCAACGGCACAGGGAAAGGCAGGUCUGACAGAAGCAAACACACCCUGCAGCUCUCCAACUGGCCACCACGAGGCACCACCAGUCGAGCCAGCACUACCACAGAGGAUGUUUGUUUGGAGGAGAGAGUACAGUUUAAUACUGACACUCUGGACGGAGAGGAGACUAAUGUCUAAGCCCUCAUGAUGCAAACUGUGAUUGCGCUAAUCGUCGUUGCACAUCAGUGUUCAUCAUGUGUCUGUGUGGGACACGAAAGACAAAGUGCCACACACUGAUCAGAUCUGCAUGUUAUUGCAGUCAGUCAUGUUUGAAGCUUUCCAGCUGCAAAUGAGUAUUUAUUGGUUUUGGGACCUUGAGCAAAAAAGCACUUAUUGACUUCAUCAGACAUCAGGAAUGAUUAAAUAAUUAAAAUUAAAUUAUGAUAAUGUGCGUGUGUGCCUGUACAAUUGGAGGACAAGCAGGUCCACAGCGACGGCUUUCUCUCUUUUUUUUUCAUGUUGUUACUGUUGUAAGUUAAGCUUGUGUUGUGUGUGUUCGCUGCAAUGGAGUUUUUCAUGUGUGGUACUCUUAUGCAAAGCUUUUCAGUGUCAAACGGUUUUUCUUUUCUAUUUUUAUGAAACUGAGUGCGGACUACAGUAUGGCUGAGUGUAAGGAUGUUGUUGAGUCCAAAUAUAUCAGAUUCUGGUUCCGUUUCCCUCGGUGUCAUUCAUGUGGGCCAUUGCACGCUGGUGUGGACCAAAUCAACCAUAUUGAGACCUUUGAGAGGAGGCGGUCUUGGUCCAGCCCUGGGUGAACCUUUUCUCCUUUGCAUCAACUGAACAUGAAAACUAUAGCAGUUGGUGCAGUAGCAGCAGCAGCAGAAUGAAUCAUGGCCCCUGAAAAGCUGUUUCUCUCAAAGAAAUAUGCACUGAACCGUCUCCUUGUAUUGACUUUCUUGCUCUUGGCACAGACACUUCUGACCAAUAAGUGGAGCGAACAUUCACAUGUGUUUUGCUGUGAUGCAGUUUGGAUCAUUUGUAUUUUUAUCUGCCUGGCUCCUACAAAAUUAGCUCUGGUCCACAUGAUAAUAUAGGAUAUUACCCUGUCUGCUUCUAGUUUUUUUUGUAUCUAGUCUCAGUAGUCCUUUUUAAGUCUUUUGGGUUGGUUUGUUAUUUUCUUCAAGUGAAAACAGUCUUGACCAGUGGUGGGCCAUCAGGGCCAGCAAGUCCUUCUCUGCUGACCUCAUCAUCAUCAGAAACACUGACGUACAUUUACAACCUAAAUUCUAAUAUUUUUUCCACUAAAUUGUUUUAAUUUAUUCUCAACAGACCUUUCCUCUUCAUUUCUCAGUGUUUCUCUUGGUUGCACUACUUCCAGUACGUGUAUGUGGAUGUAAAAUAUUUGGUCCAAUCAGAUUUCAGUCUCAGUGUGUUGCCAGGGUUACUCUAAUCUGCCCUGGGUCUUCAGAAUGAGUAGUGAAGGCUCCAUCUAACUUAAACUGUAUAGUGUCAGGACUGUUUUUUUAACCAAUUAUAUUUCUAGGUCACCUCACAGGGCCAAGCCCUAAUGUCAUCAGCAUUUAUUCAUCCUCUGAUUGGAUGGUGAGACCAAAACUACUAUUUGAUACAGCUUUGGCAAUAUUGUUUUUGAUUCAUGCCAAAAUAGCUCAUUUUAAUUGAAUUUAAAUGAACUAUUUAUACAUUUUAUAGAAUUUUUAUGCCCACAAUGGCUGAAGGAGGAGAGGAAAAUGAUUCGGUCUCAGAUAUACUUAAAAAAACUUUUUCAAGGCAGACUUUUCUAGAAAAGCUGGACAUUAUGAGGUGAGGUCAGCCAACCCCGACGCUAGCUAGCUGGUCAAGUGGACAUUCUCAGUCCUCAAGAAAAUAGAAACUUAUGUCUGGAAUACGACUAGACAGACUAGACUCAGCCUUGGCCUCCAUGGACAUAGAAAAGGAUUUAUUAAUAGAACUGAAACACACAGAUCACCUCUAUGACAGAGGCCUUGAAGUUUUCUCGCAGAAAGAAAGGAUAAUGGGUUAUGUAUAUAAAAAAAUGAGCAUCUCUGGUGAGUAGGCUAUGAUGUUUUUUCAUUUAAAUUUUGUCAUGUUAUUAGAUUAAUAUUACUUCUGAUCUGCUCCAGAUGACGUACAUGGUCCAGUUGUGGUUGUAGUGUAGAGGUUUGGAGUUGUCUUAACUGGCUUUCUUGCUUUAGUAAUAAUGGAAUACACCCUUGAUAUGCCAAAUGCCCAUGCCUUUAUAUUUUGCAUUUUUUGUAAAGUAUUGAUGUUUUUUGUAAUUGUGACAUCAUAGUGGUGGAAUUAAGAGGUGGAUUAAAUCAAGUAAGUCUCCACUGAAGGCCCAGGUACCAAAUGCACACCCCACCGCUGGUCUUGACCUGCUCUUAUAUAGCUUUUUCUUAUACUCAAUAAUGACCAAAUUUCUGCCGAGCCCUGUGUUUAGUUGGCAGACCACUGCACAUUCUUUAUUCCUCCUCCACUAUUGUCGUGUCUAUCUGCUCUUUCCAACCUGGAAUAUGUUUAACCCACAACAGUUCAUGCUUAAGGUCAAAGGAAACCUACCUUUUAUCGUUUUCAGCUGUGAACCACGUUCCAGUUCAGUUUUGAUUGGAAUGCUGUCAGUAGUUCAGAAUAAUAAUAGCAAAUUAAACCAGACUGAAGGAGAAAAAGCUCCAAGUUUACAAUCUCAUCAACUGAUUGUGACCAGAAGAAAUUAACUGAGCAAUGUGUUAUGAUAUUUAAGGUAUUCUGGUUUAUUGAUGACCAAAGCCAAAGAAGAAAAUAUUAUGGUAGAUGUGUAACAUAAAACAAUGUAAUCGACAAUGUAAUCCUGUUACCCUAACUUUUACUUUCUUGUCCUAUCCUUACCUCAUUUCCCCCAAUUUUUCAGCAAAUAUGAAUGUAUAUGGAUGAUGUACGUAAUUAGUACAAGAGGAAAUAUGAAUGAAACGUUAUGGUAUUCUCUCAUAAAAUAGUCCUUAUGAAGAAGGGAAGGGAAACAAAGAAAACAAAAGUAUUUUGUUUUUUAUAAUGUAAAAAAAAUAAAUAAAUAAAAAAAUUAAAGGUUAAAUUACUUUUAAGUCCCAGGAAGAUUUUUCAAUAGAACAUGUUCCAUUUUGUAAACACUGUGUGAGAACAGUCUUUCUUAGAAGUGCAAGAAAUUAAUAUUAAUGAUGUCGGGCCAUCAAUUUCUUUUCUUUUAUUUAUUUAAUUUUAUAUAUUAUUUCAGGGCUCAGGUCUUUACACAGAAAGUUUUUAUUUCUUUUGUUUCUUCAAAAUUAGAUUGGACUAAAUUGAGCUGGAUUUGAUUACCUAUGGUUUUGCGCUAACAUGGGAUUUCACAAAUGGAUUCCUAAUACAAAACAAAUAUUCUGUGUAAAUAUUGAUCAAAGCGAAUAUUAUAAAGAGAAACAUGGACACGUCAGGA